UGAAAAACUGUGCAGAAAUGCUGAAACGCAAUGCAGAAAUGCUGAAACGCUGAAAAAUUGUGCAGAAAUGCUGAAACGCAGUGCAGAAAUGCUAAAAACGCAGUGCAGAAAUGCUGAAAAACAGUGCAGAAAUGCUGAAACGCUGUGCAGAAAUGCUGAAAACGCUGUGUAGAAAUGCUGAAAAACUGUGCAGAAAUGUAGACCAUAUCUCACCAUAUCUCCAAUAGUUCCUUUGGAGGAUCACAAGAUCUUCAAAUUAUUGAGAAGUGCUAUCCCAUGCAGAAAAGUAUAUUCUUGACGUUGACAAAUGAGCAGGGGCAACCCCCUGAUUGCAUACUAAAGGACGCAAAAAACACCAGCAAGCUAAGUUAUUCAAGUUUGCUUGGGAGCAUUAAUCCUAUGAGCAGAUCUAGAGUUUAUCAAGCUUUGGCAGAAGAAGAUAUUAAAGCUGAUGCCAAGGGCAAUGAUGUUGAUCUCAGUCUGAUAUUGAUCAAUGUGAAGCAUAUUACGAAGCUGCUAGGGGAACAAGGAAGAGAAGAAUAUAUGGUCUUGGAUCUCAAGCACAAAGUUAUCUGCUUUUUGUUGGAAAGAACAAAAUUAUGCACUAACAAUACUUGAUGGAUGUGUGGGUUCUUUUGGUAGUUGACAGCUUGGUGUUGUCGGUGUUUUGGACUUAACGAUUAGGAUUUCGCUAUCUAUUUUGAAUCUUUUUUAUAAAUAUUAUUUUAUGUGAAUGUCAGUUAUUUUUAAGGGUAUUUAUUACUUUGUAUUUA